AUGACGGGGGCAAGCUUGGCCACGCCGGGCGGUAUCUCGGAUCCGGCCCUGAUCCAGCUUGUGAACAAGCUUCAGGAUGUUUUUGUGACGAUCAACGUCAACAACCCGAUCGACCUUCCACAGAUUGUUGUUGUCGGCAGCCAGUCGAGUGGAAAAAGCUCCGUCCUGGAAAACAUUGUCGGUCGAGACUUCCUGCCGCGAGGCUCCGGCAUUGUGACCCGACGACCGCUCGUUCUGCAGCUGAUCAACCGGCCAGCACAAUCGGGCACGAACGGGGUGUCGGAGGAGAUUGCGAGCGGCACGGACAAGGCUGCCAACGCAGACGAAUGGGGCGAGUUUCUCCACAUUCCCGGACAGAAGUUUUACGACUUCCACCAGAUCCGCGAUGAGAUCAACCGCGAGACCGAGGCUAAAGUAGGCCGAAAUGCGGGCAUCUCGGCGGCACCAAUCAACCUGCGGGUGUACUCGCCCAACGUGCUCAACCUUACGCUGGUCGAUCUUCCGGGCUUGACCAAGGUGCCGGUGGGCGACCAGCCGCGGGACAUUGAGCGGCAGAUCCGCGACAUGGUGAUGAAGUUCAUCCAGAAGCCGAACGCAAUCGUACUGGCGGUGACGGCGGCUAACCAGGAUCUGGCCAACUCGGACGGCCUGAAGCUGGCACGCGAGGUCGACCCGGAGGGUCAGCGGACGAUUGGUGUGCUGACCAAGGUCGAUCUGAUGGACGAGGGCACCGACGUGGUAGACAUCCUGGCCGGGCGCAUUAUUCCGCUGCGGCUGGGGUAUGUGCCGGUGGUUAACCGCGGACAGCGUGACAUUGACAACAAGAAGCCGAUCCUGAUGUCGCUGGAGGCAGAGAAGAAUUUUUUUGAGUCGCACAAGGCGUACCGCAACAAGAGCUCGUACUGCGGCACGCCGUAUCUGGCGCGCAAGCUGAACCUGAUCCUGCUGAUGCACAUCAAGCAGACGCUGCCGGACAUCAAAGCGCGGAUCGCUGGGUCGCUGCAGAAGUACUCGGCCGAGCUGGACAGCUUAGGGCCGUCGAUCCUUGGCAACAGCGCGAACAUGGUGCUGAACAUCAUUACGGAGUUUACCAACGAGUGGCGGACGGUGCUGGACGGCAACAACACGGAGCUGUCGAGCACGGAGCUGUCGGGCGGCGCGCGCAUCAGCUUCGUGUUCCACGAGCUGUACUCGAACGGCAUCAAAGCAAUCGACCCGUUCGACCAGGUCAAGGACGUGGACAUCCGCACGAUUCUGUACAACUCGUCGGGCUCGUCGCCGGCGCUGUUUGUGGGGACGACGGCGUUUGAGCUGAUUGUGAAACAGCAGAUCAAGCGGCUGGAGGAGCCGAGUCUGAAGUGCAUCUCGCUGGUGUACGACGAGCUGGUGCGCAUCCUGACGCAGUCGCUGAGCAAGUCGAUGUACCGGCGCUAUCCAGGGCUGAAGGAGAAGAUCCACCAAGUGGUCAUCUCGUUCUUCAAGAAGGCCAUGGAGCCGACGAACAAGCUGGUGCGGGACCUGGUGGCGAUGGAGUCUUGCUACAUCAACACGGGGCACCCGGACUUUCUGAACGGCCACCGGGCGAUGGCGAUUGUCAACGAGCGGCACAACCCGCCGAAGCCGGUGCAGGUAGACCCGAAGACAGGCAAGCCGCUGCCGGCAUCGGCAACACCGGUGCGGGCGGCCAGCCCGACGCUGGCGGCCGACGACAAGGAGAGCGGUUUCUUCGGCAGCUUCUUUGCGGCCAAGAACAAGAAGAAGGCGGCAUCCAUGGAGGCUCCACCGCCAACGCUCAAGGCCUCGGGCACGCUGUCGGAGCGGGAGAACAUUGAGGUGGAGGUGAUCAAACUGCUGAUCCAGUCGUACUAUAGCAUUGUGAGGCGGACGAUGAUCGACAUGGUGCCAAAGGCCAUUAUGUUGAACCUUGUGCAAUUCACAAAGGACGAGAUGCAGCGCGAGCUGCUUGAAAACAUGUACCGGACGGACGCGCUCGACGAUCUGCUGAAGGAAAGCGACUACACGGUGCGCCGGAGAAAGGAGUGCCAGCAGAUGGUGGACGCUCUGGGACGAGCAAACGAGGUCGUCUCGCAGGUCCAGUAG